CUCGAAGACGCCUCGAUUCAGCCAGGAAGUCGUCGUCGGAGAAAGUCUCGGGAGGAGGGGUGUGCGUAGUGACACCGACGGAGCCGGGACAUGCCGAGCCCCGGCGCUGCCCUCUGGGGAGCAGCAGUUGGGCGGCUACCUGACGAGGACAGUGGACUUCUGAAAACGCAGAGCGACCGCCAGCCAGGGCCGGCAGCAUGUCUGCAGCAGGCGUCGCAGCCCAGGAGAUGAGAGGCCCCUUGAAGAACGCCUUCCUCCACAGCGGGCAGGGCGUUGGGAGUCUGAAGCCCUGCUGGGGUGUUCCGGGCGGCGGCAGCGGUGGCCAGUUUGAAAACGCCUUCUUCAGCAUCGACCCCGUAACAACGGGCUACAGCCUGAACUCAUCAGGGCAGCAUCACUUAAUGUCCAUGGGCCACAUUUCAGCUCCUGAUCCAGUCAAAAGCCGCAGCCAUGCACAGAAGUGCUGCAGCGUCUUGCCCCUGAAGCCCAGCCCCAGUAGCGAGAGGACCAGUUCAAGCCCAGAGGAUCACGGCGUCGUUCCUGGCUUCAGCAGACUCUCUGUGACCAUGAGCGGUGUGUCCGAUGAGGCAGCGCCGCCGCCUCCCACCCCGAUUGGCAAGAGUGGGCUGCCAGCAUUCGUCUUCUCUCCUGCGCCCUCCGGCGAGCGAAGUGCCAGGCCGCUGCCGCCGCUGCCCAUCCCUGAGGACUUUGUGCACGAUGAUGCGGACAGGGAAGUCGAGUUCCUGACCAGCUCCGACACGGAUAUCUUGUUGGGGGAUUGCAGCAGCCCGGCUUUUAAGCCCAGCGCUCAGGGCAGGCGUAGCUUCAGGGGCUGCGGGCAAAUCAAUUACGCCUACUUUGACACCCCAGCAGACCCUGAACUAGAGGAGCCCCCCUCUGCCUUGGCCAAGCAGCAGAAUGGGUGUCCAGCCAGCGCCUGCCCUCUGCCUCCUCCGCCACCUCCACCGCAUCAGCUGCACCGGCGGCUGCGCCGCUCACAUUCCGGGCCAGCUGGGUCAUUCAACAAGCCGGUAGUGAAAGUAUCGAGCCACUUCCAUCGGGCAUCUCCCAGUUCUGACGACGAUAGGCCUGAGGUUCCCCCGAGGGUGCCUAUUCCCCCCCGGGUGCUCAAACCAGACUAUCGGAGGUGGUCGGCUGAAGUGGCUUCCAACUCCUACAGCGAUGACGACAAGCCUCCCAAGGUGCCCCCAAGAGGCCCUCUCUCCCGCAGCAAUUCACGAACACCGAGUCCGAAAAGCUUGCCAUUGUACCUGAAUGGCAUCAUGCCGCCCACACAGAGCUUUGCCCCGGACCCAAAAUAUGUCAGCAGCAAAGCUCUGCAAAGGCAGCAUAGCGAAGGCUCUGCCGCCAGCAGUAGCAACAAAGUCCCCUGUAUCCUCCCAAUAAUUGAGAAUGGCAAGAAGGUCAGUUCAACGCACUACUACCUCUUGCCAGAAAGGCCUCCCUAUCUGGACAAGUAUGAGAAGUUCUUUCAAGAAGCGGAAGAGACCAGCUUGCACUUGGAAGGGCGGCAGCAGCUGUGGAACAAGGCAGAGGAGGACGCAGCCAAGCUGGCCCUGAUGGUCAAGGCUGACCUGGUUGGCCCCGUGAAGCGCAAACAUUUGCCUUGCAUGGUUUCUCCGUAAGCACAGGAGGCCUGGCACAGAUCCGUGUGUGGGAGUGAGGCUUUUGGGACCUGGUCACGAGCCAUGCUCCAGGGAUGAGGUGCAGCCAAGCUGCUUCUGGGCUUCAGGAGCGGAGGGGAAGCUGGCAGGGGCUUCUGCUGCUGUGGGCUUGGCUCCUGUCCCUGGUGCUGCGGUGGCCGGGAGAGGACUUGGAGAAAGACUUGAGCAUACAUAGCCAUGGUUGGCCAGUCGUUAUUCAAUAUUUUAGAGUAAUAUAUAUAUAUAUUUAGAAAGUCGCAUAAGUAGGAAAACAAAGUCUUGCUAUCAAGACAAGUGGCUUAAGCUGGAGAGGCAGAAAGAAAGCCCGGUUCAAUAUUUGUAUCUGUUCCUCAGACAGCUGUCCGCAUGGUGGUGGCAGUGGCUGUUUGAAAUCAUUUUCUCUCAAUAUUUGUCCUUCUCUGCCUGGGGGCAGGGAGAGGCCUGUCCUCCUUCACCAGAAGUUACCCUCAUGUUGGGAAGAGAUUCAGCGCAGGGGGCAAGGAAGCCCACCCAUUUCUGAGCUUUGCAAGUGGCGCCAUCGUUUGGGUGGGCUUUUCUCAGUCUUUGAUUGGGGGGGGCAGGGCGAAGGGGAAUCUUGUCUUCAGUGCCUAAUUUCCUCCCACCCCCAAUGGCCUGACCAUUCAGUUCUCUCUCCCCUGGCCUGGACCAGCGGAUGCCCGUCUCCACCACAGUUGUUCACUUCAUGACGCCAGAGGAGGAUCUGUUGGAAGCCAUCUUUGCAGUUACAGCAUGAGCAGCACCAGUAAACUUUUCCCCUUUUAAAAUGGGACCAACUGCUGUUCUUCAGGUGGGAAGUGUGUUUAUACAUGGUAGUGAGGCGCAAGCUGGUCUUGUGCCUGUUCCUGUUCAGUGUUCUGCAGGGAGGAGGCUUGGCUUGGUGAGCAAAGUCCUUUUUGUUGUGAAGGUGGCCCAGUCAGGGCUGGCUGCAUGUUAUCUCUCUUGCGUACUCUCUCUCUCGCUCACACACACGCACACACACACACACAAGGCCAUUUAUACUUGCCAUUGCAAGCCUUGGUCAAAAGGUGCUCUCUGACCAGUGUCUAACAGGGCCACGAUCUCCCAAUGGACAUAAACACAAGUGCUGUUUAUGGUUAAAAAUCAACCAAACUGCUGAUUGGGAGUUUCCCCCCUGAAACCUCUAGUUCAGACUAAAUGAAGGCAAUGUACAUGUUCUGGAAACAAUGCACUGAGAGUUAUGCAUCAGGUGUACAGUAUUGAGGAAGAAUUAUGUUGUUCACUUUGUAUUUUGGAUAUUGCCAUGUCUUGAAUAAUAAAGUUAUAAUGUACUUAUUUAUGAUAACACAA